AUGGAAACUCUUACAGCCUCCUCUGUUUCCAACAGGGCCUGGGUGCUUCAGUUCUUCCGAAACCUAUUUGGAGGCAGCAGGCAUGUGACCCAAGAAGGGGAAAAACCUACGGCAGGUGUGAAAGAGAAAGAUGACAUCAAAAGUGAGCUCUUGGACUGUGCCCUGUCGGACACUGAAGUAGCCAUCCCAAACCAAGAGCCUCCCAUUCCCAAGAUGACUUCGAGUGAAAUCUGCCCAAUGGUAAUAAAUAGCCAUACUGAGGAGCUCCCCCUGAUGAAGGAAGCAACUCUUGGAGACACUUCCCUUAAGGAUGAGAACAAAGUCUCUGCUUUAUUUAACUCAACCAGGAUGGGCCUAGGAGACACAGAGCCCUUUGCUGAAUCUAUGCUAAGUAACAAUGAAAGAGUUUCUGCUGCAGGAGAGGAGGACCACAAUUCCAGUGAUAGAGGAACACUAGGAAAGCAUGAAAUCACCCCAAUUAUAUGUGCAGAAGAUGGAGUCUCAAUGGCUGCUGGGUCCAUGACAGAUAUUAAGGAUUGUAAUGCUGAAGAUGAAACAGAACAUCUGCUGAAAGAAGAUGUACAAAAAGAACCUGCGAAAUCGGAGCUCUCUCCCUGGAACAGACUCAUCAAUAUGUACAAGCAGCGCCGGAGGCUUCCUGCUUCUAAAAUGUCCAAUAUUCAGGUUAUUCCAACGCAACCAGUAACUGAAGACAAAGCCACAAUGGACCUUAUGAUAUAUGACAUUGCAAACCCCAGUGCUGCCCCAUCAAGUUCCCCUAAGGCUUUUUGCAUCUUAGAACUGCCUGAAACUGAAAUUAGGGAAAUGGCUGAUGUUCGUGAAAUAGCAUGUCAAAAUACAGGAUCAAAUGGCAGUGGUAGCCCGAAGGAUUUUCAGGUGUAG